AUGUCAGCCCUAGUACAUUCAUCAGCACCAGUACAACCACAACCCGAACCAACAACAACAACUUCCACACCUACACCCAUCAUCACCGACGACGGCAGCGACAGAGGCAACGGCGGCGACAGAGGCAAUGGCAGCGGUAGAGGAAACAACCCCAAUGGGACCCCAGCCUACGGCGGCUUCGAAGCCGGCGGAUUCAUCUAUGUCGUCCUCAUCGGCGCCAUUCUGGUAGCCUUUGUCUACUUUGGACGUGUUUUCCUUCUCAAGCGUCGUGAGCGCAUUCGUCGUCUUAAGGAUCCUGACUUUGAAGCCAACCCACCAAACUACAUGAGCCACUUGCACGACCUCGCCGUUAUCGACGCCUCACACCUCCGCCAGGAACAGGAACAACAACGCCAACUCUCAGGAGCGGCAGGAGGACAAAACCGACCACUAUCAACUUCUUCCUCAAAUGACUCCAUCAUCAACGCACCCCCCGCUGCACUGAUCCGCGGGAACGGCAAUGGGCCCGAUGGAGAUAUUGUCUCCUACUACCUCAUCACUCCCAGAGUCCUCCAUGAACACCAGCGCCAGCAGCAGCAGAGACAUGCUCGUUCUUCUUCCUCGCCUUCGGCUGCUACUAUGUUUGCGCAAGGAUACGGACAAGGAGAGAGAGGUCGCAGAUCCCGUGUUCGCACAGAGACUCACAGUUCUCCACCCCACCCCCGUGGAGCUGAUGCUUCAGGAGGACCCUUCGUACCAAUGUUCCUGGCGAUCCCUCCACUCGACCCAUCUGAACCACAACCUCCAGCAUACGAGGAUCUGUCCCCCCGUGAAGAGCGCAUGAAUACUUCUCGUGCUUCUGCAACAAAUACAACAAUCACAGGCACGAGGAUGAGUAUUACCCCUCCACGGAUCGAUUCUCUGCCUGGCGCAACUACCACAACCCCACCCUAA